CAGCUGUCAACACGCACCAGUCCAGCACACCGUACAAUUGGAGGAGCUCAUAUGACUAUCUACACUUAAAUUGCGAUUCAUCUUGUCUCUGUUGACUACUCAAUGUGGUCUCCAUGGCAGGACUGAAUAAUGACAAUCUCCUCGAUACGGAGGUCGAUGCCUCCGAUCACAUUCUAAGCCCCCAGCCCUUUGCCCCUCCUAGCAAGGAGCUACUUGUCACUUCCCUCGAGACAGCCCACCUACCAAGCGACGCCGGAUCGACAAUUGACGACGGCCAAAUGUCAACUCAAAGCUACGAGUACAGUUCAUCUGGUUCCUCAACCCGACAUUCGACAAGCGAUAUAUUCGGCUGUGAGAUGGACGAUGAGCUCGAGCAGAUGAAGUCCCGGGCAUCGAGUCGCUCUUCGUUCUCUUCGGUGCCGGCAUCAGUUCUUAUACACCCUCUGGAUCAAAUGAAGCAAAUGCCUACCAUCGGCAUACAUGAGCAAAUCGCCGCAUACUCGAUGGAGGAGGAAGAAGCUAAGUUCGGCGGCUUCGAUAGGUCGCCACAAUCGAUUCGAACGAUUCGCCAACGCGAGGCUGCAUUCCGGAAACCGAGCUCCGUACGGGCUAUGCAGAUGUAUACAGAGGAUGAGGCGGAUGAGGAUGAAUUCUUGACACCACCCCGACGUCGCGCAGGCAUGCGAUCGCCCGGGACAUCACCGCUGAAACGGUCACCCUACUAUUCGCCCAAGACGACACAAAGCAAACCGGCCGUCAAGAAGGAAUACCCACUCGUGCUACUUCACUGCACACUACUCGCCCCAUCUUUGCCUGUACCAGGUGCAGCUGAGCCGCGGAACCAGAAGAUCGUCGAAGAGGUGCUACCACCGCAAUACUGGAAACGAUGGCGCAGACUCCAAGACAAGGUUGGCUCUGGUGUUCUUCGUGAUCGUGGUGUGCUGAUUUCUCAUCCCGAGGACUUAUAUGAUAUGCUGGAGGAGCGAUUGCUUGAGAGUCUGGAACUACAGCGCCCGCUCGUGCACCGGGGUCAUUUCCUAGGUCAUGAAGAGGCUGAUCCAGGCUCGGAGGGCGAAGUCUCUGAUAGAGGGGAGAGCGAGACGGAUGGGGAGCAAGGCGACGAAUGUCCCGAUUGUGGUGGGCGUUUCCUACAUUAUAGUGACACCAACCGCAAGUGGGAGGUUAGGGUAUACGCGGCAAAUGGACUAAUGCGUGCCGGUGCGUGGGCUGCAGCGUGGAAGGAGAUGGAGAAGGUCGAUGUCGAGGUUGGCGUCUGGCUACCGUCGGAUAUACGGCGAGCCUUAGAGAAACGACUCAUGGAGGAGCAUGCCGCUGCCGUUACGUCCACGGAGCACGCUCACCAGGCAAUGGUGUUCCACGAUGCAGAGAAGCUGGAUAUAGACUCACGCCGAUUAUCCGUUCAGACCCACUCCAGGACCUUCAGCGAUGCUGGGUCUUUCCGAAGCAGCGGACACCCUGUGGAACCUCCGCCGCAGGAGAAGCGACCAGACUUGCCGCGAGUCAAUCAGCAGCAUGAAAUUGACCUGCGGACCCUGAUGAUUAACUACAUUCGCGUCUUGGCUGGGGACAGACGCAAUGUCGCACUGGUCUUCUUGGGUGUCUUGGUCAUCUUCCUCGCUAUCGGGGCUCAGCCGCAGAAAGAUCAGCUCCAGGGUAUGUUGCAUUCGCUGGCUCGCGAUGAUUUCUUUGCAAGGCCGGAGGCGCCGAAAGUACACGUCAAUGCCGAAGUGCCCACUUUGUCAAUGACUUCUUCAAGCUCUGUCUUGAUGAAGGGGAUUAUUCCUACUUCGAGCAUUGUGGCUUCUACGCCGGUUUUGGAGUUGGUUGCCCAGUCGCAAACAGAGGAUACUAUCCCAUCCUCCACAGCUUCUGAGGCCGAAGUCAUGUCCUUUGACCCCGAGCCGACACCUGAAGCUGCGCCACUGGAGGAUAGUGAAGAAAAGGAAAUCCACAGUGAAGGGUCCCGCGAUAGAGAUGUUUAUAGUGAGGAAAUUCAGAGCGAACAUAUUCAGGGCGAGGAUGUCCCUGGACAAGAAACCCAUGACGAAGGAAUCCACGACGAGGAAAUUCAUGACAAAGCGAUCCACGACCAAGCGAUCCUCGACCAAGCGAUCCACGACCAAGCGAUCCUCGACCAAGCGAUCCUCGACCAAGCGAUCCUCGACCAAGCGAUCCUCGACCAAGCGAUCCUCGAAAAACGUCAUGAAUCCCAGUCAGAGCCAGUCUAUGCCAGUGUAGAACUGUACCCUGGCGUGACUGAGUCGGUCGAUUCUGUGGAGAAACCUCAUGUCGCCGAACCCGAACGCCAACCCGAACCGGAGGAAUGAGACCCGAAGUAUUUGGGGAAGACGAACACGCAAUAUUGAAUGUGACCCUUAACGACUGGAAUGAAUGAGCUGCGAUAUUGACGUUUGAUUUCUUAACAAUUUCUCAUGAUGUGGGACCUUGCUACCCAACUUGGAAUCUUCACUAUGAAAAUUGAGAUAUCUCUCGAGAAUAUCUAAAAAGUAGGUUUCUGAAUAC